CGCGCCGGCCACUCCCAGAGGAAGUAUUCUCUCGCGCUCUCGCUCCCCCCAUCACAACAACAACAACAACAGCAGCAGUCACCAUGCCUUGCCGAGAGUCUUACGAGCCCUUCAAGGCGCCCGCGACGGGAGAUCGCGCGCCAUCGCAGGAGAUGGACGAGCUGGUGCGUCGCCUCGGCGAGACACUGCGGCUCAAGGCGGUCCGGCCGGGCCGCAGGAGUCUCGGCCGCCGGUCAUCCCCCUACUGCGUCCCGUCGAAGGCGGCCGCGGGGUCUGGGGCCGCCGGCGCGACCGGGCGCGGCGCUGCGAGAGGGGCGACCGGUGGCGCUGGCGCGAGGAGGCGAAAGGGUGGACGAGGCGGGGAGAACGGGGGCGGCGGUGAGGAUGACGACGAGGAGGAGGAGGUGGUGCUGGAUGACCCGCGGGAGAUGCUGCGGGAGUUGCUGUUGAGCGGCAACCUCAUCAAGGAGGCGGUGAGGCGGCUCCGCACGGCGCCCUGCUGCUGCCCCGACUCGUGAUGUGCAGCGGCGACGAUGGGGAAGCGCGAGGGGAACUUGAUGCGCAAGGCGAGAACCGCCUCGUCCCGCAAGUCGCCUGACCUUCGAUCCUGCGGGAAGGGUGACCCCCCCCCCUUGACCUUGCUGGAACGGCGUGGCCCCUGACCUUGCGGACUGCGACUCCUGCUAAAUCUGCAGUGAAGGCGAGGGGGCGGCGUGGUUGGUGGGGCAGGAGGCGAAGGGUGCACGCCUCACCACCAGGGAAGGCGGCGACAGUGCCCUGCGGUUCCGAACAUUUCAACAAUUAUAUGCGGAGACUUUUUUUUAUUUUAAACCAGCGAUUUGAAGAAGAUGACGAUGACAAAGGGGAAAAGCUCUCUCGUCGUGAACUCUGCUGUUCUGUCGGAGGGCGGCCGAGUGACCUUUCUGAGCGAGACUUGACCCCCCGACGGCGAAACGAAAGCGUGUUGCACGGCAGCCCGAGGCUCGCUCGACACCGUUGUCGCUUGCGUGUGGACACGGUUUGGAUCCGCCCCUUUCCCGCUCCGCUACCGAGCCAGGGCUGUGCCGAGCCAGCCCGGCGUGGCUCGGGAUCCGCCGGGUGGUUUUUCCACUGCAGAAGCCGAGCCGUGCCGAUGAUAACUCGAGUCGCGGGGUAGAUGGCGGUGCUGCGUUCCACCCCGUACUGACGCACGUCUCACGCACAUCUCACGCACGUCUCACGCACAUCUCACGCACGCCGCAGCAAACAUGCCAUUAUCCCCACCCCCCUGGCCCUGCUGGGCCCCGAGUGGGAAGCCUUGUGAGGAGGCAAGCCCGAGCAUAGUCUGGCCAUGACUGGGUUCUAUAUAACCAGCGGGGAGCAAAAACUACCCCACGCUGACGUGGCUCUGUGGCAGUGGACAAGGGGUCUGUUCAGCACGGCUGGUGAGGCUGGCAGCUUUAGAGCAGUGCACUGGUGCAGCUGUGGUGGGGGGAAGGGGCGGUCUGCUGGAGAGCGUCUUGAACCGUCUCGCUCUGUCGUGCCGAUGGGACGGGACGGCAAGAACCCGAGGUUUGUGGUGAUCUCGUGGUUAAUUUUCAAAAUUGGUUGACUUCACGACAUCGAUACUAGCUUUCUCCUCCCCCCCCCCCCCCCCAUUGUGAUCGCCACGACGAUUAGGGGCGGCUCAUGAUUCAAUGGAGAUUUUUUUUUAUGACAUUGCGGUGUUAUAGCGCCUGCAAUGACGUGUACGAAUCUAAAAUAAUGUAAUGCAGAUCCUCGCGCUCAACCAUCAAUUGUGAUCGGAGAAAUCCAAGUUCUCCCCAACGGUCGCCGAGUUCAUUGCAAUUAAAUCGCGAUGGAAGCCCCCCCCACCCCACGGGGGCUACGUGGUUGGUGGUGGCUGCUAAGGCAUUGGCAUGAGGGAGCCGUGAGCCCGGCACUCCGCUCCCACGUGCAGUUUUCAAAGGCAUUCUCUUUGUGUGUGUGUGUGUGUGUGCGCGUGUGACUGAGAACAAAAGUUGCACAGUCUAAAGGCAUUGUUGUGUGUGUCGCUGUACAAGUACAAUUCUUAAUGUGUGUGUGAAGCUGGGUGUGACACUUUGUGCGGCUGUGUGUGUGAUACGCUCACAAACACACGACGGUUCGAGCGGUGUGACCCGAUCUCGAUUCCUGGCGGCAGCGCAUCGGUGGACACCCUCGCCUUGAACCGUGUCGAGCCUUCCGGAGGCGCAACGGAACUUUCUGUCCUCCAAUAGGUGCUCGCCAACAUCACUAGCACCAGCAGCUUGACUUGGGGUCGUUGGGGAUGUGCGUGUGCGCGCAAUAGAUUUACGAAUUACGAUUAUUUCCUUCAGCGUAUUGAUUGCUAUUGCAGUCGCUUUAGAGAUUAUUUAAAUGACCUGUACAUUUUAAUAUUUUUUGUCCGUGCAGGUUUUAGCAAGGGGGAGGCUAUGCAGCUUUUGUUGCACACACAGGCUUGGGGCAGGGGUGGGAGGGGUGGUGGGAUAUUGUGGGCCUGUGAAUUGUCUUUAGUAAAAAAAUUAAGUUAAAAAAAAUCGAGCGCAAAACUGGGAGUAAGAAUAGAACCACUCGGGUCUUGUUUACAUUGAGUCGCUGGGUGCCGUGCUCUUCCAAGGUCACUCGCACACAGGUGUCUGUAGGCCGGUGUGCUGCCUACGACCUGCACGCGUAUGGUCCUGUAAGGGUGCCCCACCUACACGUUUCUCGCCUGUACAGGUGUGUGCGCGCGCCUGUACGGUUUGUGCUACCUGUAAUGGAUGUGUUCCUGUGAGUUGUGUGUGUUCCUCUCGUGUAUGUUGCCUGAUAGGGGUGUGCGCGCACUGCCUGUAGUGGUGGUGUGUGUGCCUGCCUGUAGGCGUGUUUGUGUGUUUUUUUCCUGAUGUUCAGGGCUCGUUAAUGGGUGUGUUGGCGUGCUGUUGUAAGCCGUCCGUCUGUGCAUCUUGUAAAUUUUCUCAGGAAAAUAAAACUGUUUCAUGUUGA